AUGGUCUGGCGCCAUGGCGGUCAUGGCGCCUCCACGCCCGAGCUGGAGGACGUCAACGCCCACAUCGACCAGGUGCAGGCCGGCGCCUCCAACACCGUCUUCAUAUCUGAUUGGCUGCCGGCCGAGCCUUUGCCGACCAACGAGUUCACUGGGGUACCGACGUACAUCGACAAUGAUGGUGUAGUCUUUCUGCAUCAGCUGUCACAGGAAGAGACGCUGGAGCUCAUUCGCAAGGCGCUCGAGGUCCGAUUCAAGAAACCCGACCCUAAGGCCAAGUAUGCGAAGUGGACCGUGGGCGAGCCGUGUGUCGCGCUGUACUUCUUGGACAACCGUUUCUACAGGGGGCGAGUGUUGGAAGUCAAUAAAGAAACAUCCUCCUGUUUAGUCCAGUACGUCGAUUAUGGCAAUGAAGAAGUCUGCUCGUUUGUCAACAUGAGGAAGAGCAUUGCUCUUCACCAGAUACCCAUACAGGCCCACAAGUGCAUCCUAGCUCGAAUUCGCCCAAUAGGCAACCAGUGGGAUAGAACAACUUUGGAUUACAUUCACAAAUCAGUCGUAGAGAAACACUGUUUGGUCAAAAUAUCUGGAGAAAGGAUCGGCGAUCUCUUGCCAAUAGAGCUGAAAUACGACAAAUUGUGGAUUAACGAUCACUUGGCCGACUUCGAGAUGGCAGAGUACACUGACGGAUCGAAGACAGUUGUUAGAAAAUUUGUGCCGAACCCAAAUGUAAAGACACCAGGAAACGAAGACCUGAAAUCCGACUCGGGGCCAGAUUAUAUCGUAGAUGAAGACGCCGAGAGCGCGGAGCUCCUGUCGUCACACGAUUGUUCCUUCGACGCGAAGUCUUUUGAGACUGCCGAUUGGAAUUUGCUUAUGGAACAAGAAGGCCAGUCAAAAAACGAAAAAGUGAUGACUUAUACGAAAUAUGAAAAACCAGAAUUCCUGUCUAAUAUUUUAAUUAUAAAUGAUUUAGAUAAUCUGGAAUUAAGUGUUGUUCAUAACGAUGAAGAUAACUUGCUGUAUGAUGAGAUGUUCGAAUGUUUGCAAAAAGAAGCCGUCGAUUUGCCUCCGUUAAACGGUAUAUAUGAAGAUAAACCAUGCAUUGGAUUGUUUCGGGACGAAACUGGCCAACCAGGGUGGUACAGAGCGACUAUACAACGUUACAGCAAAUCAAAAGGACUCGUCAAAGUACGCUACGUAGAUUAUGGCAAUACUGACGUCGUUUCUAUUUCGAAUGUAAAAGAAAUAAGCGAGAAAUGGUUAACAUUGCCACCUGCCAGCAUACAGGUAAAUUUAUACAAGGCCAGAGUAAAUCCCCACGUUGACGUGAAUAUUGUGUCAACUAAAUUUAUUGAAAUAUUUCUGGAUAAGGGGCCAUUCCAGACUAAAAUCAUGGCAUAUGAAAAUUCUAUACCCCAAGUAGAGCUUCGAAACGAAGAUGGGAAACUAGUUUACAGCAAGCUCUUAAGCAGCGGAUAUUUGAUAGAUAACGAUUUGUGUACCAAUGACAAAUUUUAGUUCUUUGUAACAGAAACAAAAACGAGUAAAAUACGAUUUCUUUAUAUAACCACACAACUUUUUACAACGGUUUUGUUAAAAAGUCUCAAAAUAUCGCCCCACUGAUUUAACAAGUUAAACCCUGGGGCUCGAACUAAUGAUCUUGUUCCUUGGCCCCUUGUAGUACAGCUUUCAUAAAAAAUCGAAUUUGGAAAGCUGUCUCUCUAGUAUUCCAAAGCAUUCUGUGAUUGUUUUGACUAAUGUUGAUUAGGUAAUAUAGAAUAAGUUACAACGGAAAAAAGUUAGUUAUGUUGAUUCUUUUUAAUUUUACGUUAAGUGCUUACAAAAUGAUAUUAUAAGUACCUAGCUUUAUCUGAUGGUGAUGAUUAUUAGAUCAGUGGUUCCUAACCUUUUGAGAUGACACUCCUUUGAUUAACUGGCAACUUGAUUUUACCUCCAUUAUCAAAAAUAUUAAUCUUUAUAGGUCUGAUAAGCCCCCCAUAAAAUACCAGUUUUACUCCCUCGGGGAAUUACCCCCUAGGUAAGGAACCACUGCUAGAUAUUAGGUUAAAUUAGUUACAGAAUAUUUUUGUUAUGAAAAUUGAUUAAAACUAAUUUCAUCAUAAAUUG